GGGCUGUUGUGCUGCAUCCAGGAAGCUGUUAAACGCCUGCUAAACUAAAUCUUUCUUUUAUGCGUCUUGCACACGACCGAUCUCCUUUUCCAUUGACCAGAGUUUAUUUCUGACAAUCCAGGAUAUCCCGAAAGCUUGGACACAUAUGGCUGGAAAAUGAAACGACCUAGGACCGUGGCCACAUAAUUAUUUUGUUGCCGCCUGGUACCAGAUGGGCAGUCAGUGAACGGCGCAGAGAUGUGAACGGACAGUUUUACAAUGUGAAGCUAAAAAAAUUGCAUUCCCCUCUCUUUCCUUUUGGUCUACGGUACUUGCUUUUCCUCCUCUCUGCAAUAUCGAUUAACUCAACUUUGCAGUGGAGUAGCCAAAAAGGAAGAGCAUGAGGCGAUCUAGAUCGUCGUAGUCAGUGUCCGCGGCGUCGCAGUACUCAGGGAGCUGCGGCUGCGACCCGCCGCGUCCUGUACGGAUUUCAGGGCUGACACCGCACAGGCGGUUAUGAAGCGGACGGUGCGCUCAAUCCGCCGAGGCUAGAGACCUGGCGCUGGGAGGGCUCUCCCAAUCUCGCCGCAGCCUGCGAGGCCCCGCUGCCUCUCAUCUGCUUCAUUUGAUUACCGUUCUCACCGUUCUUGAAAAGUCAUGGAAGACGGCCCGCUGCCAGACCUCAGGGACAUUGAGCUGAAGCUGGGGCGCAAAGUGCCUGAAAGCCUAGUGCGCUCGCUCCGCGGGGAGGAGCCGGUUCCCCGAGAAAGGGACAGGGAUCCCUGCGGGGGGAGCUGCAGCGGCGGCGGCGGCGGCGGCGGCUGCAGUAGCAGCAGCAGUAGCUGCAGCUUCCCUCCCUCCUUGUCGUCUUCCUCGUCGUCCUCCCUAACCUCUGGCUCCCCGCGACGUAGCCACUCCAGCGCCCUGGAGAGGCUGGAAACCAAGCUUCACCUCCUCAGGCAAGAGAUGGUUAACCUCAGAGCCACAGACGUCAGGCUCAUGCGCCAGUUGCUCGUUAUCAAUGAGAGCAUUGAGUCCAUCAAGUGGAUGAUUGAAGAGAAGGCCACCAUUACCAGCCGAGGCAGCAGUCUCAGCGGCAGCAUGUGCAGUUUAUUGGAGAGUCAGAGCACCUCCUUACGUGGCAGUUACAACAGCCUACAGGAUGGCAGUGAUGGGCUGGAUGGCAUCUCUGUGGGGAGCUAUCUGGACACUUUGGCAGAUGAUGUCCCAGGCCAUCAGACCCCUUCAGACCUGGACCAAUUCAGUGACAGCUCCAUAAUAGAGGACUCACAGGCACUGCACAAACAUCCCAAAUUGGAUUCUGAGUACUACUGCUUUGGCCAAUAACCCAGUUUUUUGCAUGGGACUGGUGUGCAAUUAACUUGUAUUUAUCCUUCUUUUCUGCUGCUAUUAUUUUUGGUGUGAUUUGAUUUUUUUUUUCUUUUUAUAAAGCAACCUUUUUAAAAGAAGCAUAUUUUGAAACUGCUUAAUGGUUUGUCUGUUGCUCCUAAUAUUUCUCACCUGAUUUAUUUUUCUCUCUUGCAUCUCUAUUUUUAUUUAUUACAUUGAUUUUUCUCCCUUCUAUUACAGUGGCACAAGUAAAGUAGGGAGAAAAGAAUAAGCAAUAAUUAUGUUUUUGCUUUUGUUUUCAGAGCAAGGGGUCAGGGAUUACAUGAAAAACUUUGAUAAAUUUUACAAUAAACCAAAGUCUGAUAACA